GGCCGGUCCUCGGCCCCGUUUCCGGUUCCGGUGCCGCGCAGCGGUCGCGGAGGACAUGGCGGCGCUGGCGAGGGUGUCCCGGGCGCUGCUCGGCGCCGCCGGCCCGCGCUCCCCGCCCGCGCGGGGCAUGGCGGCCGCGGCACACGAGGGCGGCGGAGCUAAGCUCUGGAGGAUGUUGACCUUCGUGGUGGCGCUGCCCGGCGUGGGCGUGUGUAUGUUGAACUGUUACCUGAAGUCGCAGCAACACCACGAGAGGCCCGAGUUCGUGCCCUACGCCCAUCUCCGGAUCAGGACCAAGCCUUUCCCCUGGGGUGAUGGGAACCAUACCCUGUUUCACAACCCCCAUGUUAACGCUCUCCCAACCGGUUAUGAAGAUUAAAGGUCCUGACUACAGCCAGAACUUUGGCUCUCCCCAUCUUGAAGCAGCAUGUUGAGUGGGAACCAUCGUUUCUGGGGUCAUAAUUUCAGAAACUCUGCAUUUGAGAUGAAGCUGAGUGGUUUUAGUGGCUUCUGUGUGUACUUGUGAUGAGGUCCUUUAAAUAAACAACUCUGAACGUGAA